ACAAUAUUGUCGUUGUUCUAAACAGAUUUUAUUAAACCAACUAAGCCUUUAGUGCUUUUGAAUGAAUUGAGACGGUUAAAGUAUUGCGCAAGGCUGGGAGUGCCACUCCAAACUGGGGGUGGAGGUCGAGAUCAUAGUUCCGUGUGAAUGGCGUGAGAGGUGGAAAGGGGAGGAGGAGGACCGAGUUAAGGAGUGCAUGGCGACCUCACGAGCGCCACACACUCACGGAAACUCAAUCGCAGCUACUUCCGCCCACAUUAAAGAUGGCGGCUCCCUUCAUGGAGAAUUUAUCUGAAUAUUUAGGUUCGCCCGAACCGGCGGUUCGAUUGAUUUUGUCUAUCUUACUAGGUUAUCCCUUUGCACUGGUGUACCGGUGGUAUUUCUUUCAUCAGUCUGCGACGUUCAUUCAUCUGUUCCACACAUUGACAGGGUUGGCGUUGGCCACGUUUAAUUUUGCAGGGACUCAGGUCUUUCACUCGUUCUUAUGCAUAAUCAUUCAGUUCCUGUUGCUGAGGCUCAUGGGAAGGACAGUGACAUGUGUCCUAAGUAGCUUUAUAUUUCAGAUGAUAUAUCUGUUGAUGGGUUAUUACUACACCGCUACAGAUGAGUAUGAUAUCAAAUGGACAAUGCCACACUGUGUCCUCACACUGAAACUCAUCGGUUUAUCACUUGAUUACUAUGACGGUGGAAAAGAACCGUCCCAGUUGUCUAAAGAUCAGAAGUCAGCUGCCCUCAGCUCUCCACCAUCUCUGCUGGAGGUGUUCGGUUUCUCAUACUUCUAUGGAGGCUUCCUUGUGGGGCCUCAGUUCACACUACGAAACUACCAGAAACUGGUGUCCAGAGAGAUGACUGAUAACCCUGGUCAACCAUCCAACAGUGUAUUUCCAGCAAUGAAGAGAUUUUGCUUGGGUAUGAUCUUCCUGGCCAUCUUUACAAUAGGUGGUCGACACUACACGGAUAGCUACUACUUAACAGAUGAGUUCGAGGCACAACCCUUCUGGUACAAGUGUGUGUAUACCCUGCUGUGGGUAAAAAUAAACCUGUACAAAUACAUCAGCUGUUGGCUGAUCAUGGAAGGUGUGUGUAUACUCACUGGCCUGGGCUAUAAUGGGAUAAAUGAAAAAGGGGAGCACCAAUGGGAUGCCUGCGCCAAUGUCAGGGUGUGGUUAUUUGAGACCACGCCCCUCUUUACAGGCACCAUCAACUCCUUCAACAUCAACACAAAUUCUUGGGUGGCCUGUCAUGUGUUUAAGAGGUUGAAGUUCUUGGGUAAUAAGCUGUUGUCUCAGAUGUUCACAUUGUUAUUCCUGGCGAUCUGGCAUGGCUUGCACUCAGGGUACCUCAUCUGCUUCUCCAUGGAGUUCCUCAUUGUCAAUGUGGAGAAGCAGACUCAGGCUCUUGUGCGGGACAGUCCGGUGCUGACGUCUAUAGCUCAGGGCCCUCUGUAUCCAUUACUAUACGUACUACAGCAGACGAUUCACUGGCUUUUUAUGGGAUACUCACUAGUGCCAUUCUGCCUCUUCACUUACGACAAGUGGCUCAAGGUUUACUAUUCCGCAUACUUCUGUGGUCACAUCUUUUUCCUCACUGCCUUAGUAAUCCUGCCGUACCUCCGCAAGGUGUUUGUGCCUCGAAAAAGAGGCAGUGACAAAAAGGAGGAUUAAAAACGGUAUAUCUGUUUGGAUCUGUCUAAGUUGACUGAAGUGAACUGUGACUUUUAAACAGCAACCGAUGAGGACAAAUUUUAAGGCCUUUAGUAAUAUAUUACUAUAUACAUACACCAAUGAUGUAUGUGUACAAAUGUUAAUCGUUUGGAGGAAAGUGUUGUGCUGGACUGUAAUGAAAAGGGUUUAAAGCUGCUGAAACACAAGCAGUUUUAAGGUUCAAUACGAAUUUACUGAUAUUCGGUGGAUGAACAUACUGUAUAUGCUCAUGCCAUUGCACUCAUUACUCAGUAAUGAUCUCAUUUCCUGUUUCUUGUCUAAUCAGAGAACUGGCUUCGGCGACAGCCGAGGUCACAUCUGCACUUUUCGAGGGGAUGCAGAGCAUGCCGUUAAAAGAUGGAAACAAAUGAGACCUUUUUUUAUUUUCCAUUGCUUGAAGAACAUUAACAAACCCACACAUACCACUAGAUUGACAAAAGACACUGAAAUGUGAAACACACAAACCUAUUUGUGUAAGUGUGAACAGUGAGCGAAUGCUCGGGAUUGCCUGGCAAUUAUAAAUGAAUGUUUUUUUCAUUUAUGUAACAGUUUUUGUUUUCUUGUGAUCAGGUAACUUUUGAUGGGGUUGCUUCUCUAUUUUUUUAAUGGGUUUUAUGGUAGCUGCAGUUUUGUUGCCUUUUAUUUACAAAAGGUUACAUCCACAGUCAUCCUGCCAUGUCAUACUCUCACUCCAUGUAACGCUGUAUGCCCAUCCAUCUUGUUUUCCCUCAUUCUCCUUUUUCUCAAAUCGAGUCUUUUUUUGUUUGAAAAAAAAGCAAAAAACAAAGGACCACUGAAAAGACAUUAAAUACUAUUUACCAGAAUCCUACAGAAGAUAUGAGGGUAAAUUUGUGUCAGUAUUAUCAAGGGCAGAGUAUUAUUUAUUGAAAAUAAAAAGAAUUCCAGUUGGCAGUUAAUGAUUUCUUUUCAGACACAUAAUAUACAACUGUUUUCCCUUUUUUCAUAAUCCAAGUGUCAUUCAGAUUGAAGAAGUGUUGUGUAGUGUCUAAAAACUUUACUCAUUCGCUCUGCUAACAUUGUAUUCUCAGUAUCUCUCAUCACAAAUCCAGAUCUUUCUCUGCCUUCCGGACUUUGUGGUCUGCUCUCAGUUACUCUAACACACAUUUGCCUUCAUAAAUCUGUUUUGUACAACAUAAUGCAGAUCUUCGGCACAAAUGUACAUCACUCUUCAGUGAGGGCGAUUUUUCAGAUCUGCACCCAGACACAAUCCAAGGGAGCAGGGACUCACUGUAGCAUCUGAAUUGUUUUGUAAUAUUUAUACCAGUGGUUGCAAAUUUGACUGAUGUAGAAUAAUUGUUUGGGGGAGAAACAACAACUUUUGCCUUAUUGCUACCAAAUGUACAAAGGAGAUCAAACAUUUUAAAUAAAACUGUUUUUGUAAUAUUCAUUAAAAUGCUGGAUUUUAACAAAACCACACUGAUCCC